AUGGAAAACCUGUACAACACAUCAUCUGUUUUGGUGCUAAACCACCUGAACCUCUCCUCUGAAAAUGUGUUCCCUGCAUUUCUUUUUGCAACUCUGAGCUACAUGAUCAUACUUUUCUGCAACCUUAUUCUCAUCCUCACUAUUGUACUGAACAAAACUCUGCAUCAGCCCAUGUACCUAAUUCUGCUGAACCUCCCCAUCAACGACCUCAUAGGCUCCUCAGCAUUCUUCCUACGGAUCAUCAAUGACAUAGUGACAGACAGAAAGACUUUGCAAUACUCAGCUUGUGUUGUCCAAGCUUUCUUUGUCCACAUCUAUGCAACAGGUACAGUGUUCAUUCUGAGUGCUAUGGCUUAUGAUAGAUACAUUGCCAUAUGUUGGCCUUUGAAAUAUAACACUUUUAUGACUUAUGCAAACAUUAUGAAAAUAAUCACAGUUGUGUGGAUGAGUUGUUUAGUUCUAAUAGGGGUGCUUUUUUUUCUGCUUUUGCGUUUACCCCGCUGUCGAUCUGAAUUGACACACCCUUACUGUGAUAAUCCAUCUUUGCUGGCUCUGGUCUGUGUCAACACAACCAUCAAUGACAUUUAUGGGCUUCUUACAGUCGCUAUUUCACAAGUGACGAUUAAUGGAGUGAUGUUGUACACAUAUCUCCAGAUCCUUCUUGCAUGCUUCAGAUCCAAAACAUCCGACACAAAAGCCAAAGCUCUGCAGACAUGUGCGACACAUCUGACCGUUUUUCUCCUGUUGGAGUGUCUGGGUCUUUUCACCAUCAUUUCUUACAGAAUAAAGGACAUUUCACCACAUUUAAGGAGGUUCAUGGGCGUAUCAACUUUAAUUUUCCCGCCAACAUUGAAUCCAAUCAUCUAUGGACUGAGGACAAAAGAAAUCAGAGAAAAAGUAGUGCACUUUUUUCUUAAUGGCAAAGAUAAU